AUGUCAGAAUUCGCUAGUGGCAACGAGGAGCUAACGCUACCCAAAGCAACUGUUCAGAAGAUCAUAUCCGAAGUGCUUCCCUCAGAGUUGACGUUCUCGAAGGAGGCCCGUGACGUUGUGAUUGAAUGCUGUAUUGAGUUCAUCAUGAUUCUUUCUGACCAGAGUAAUGAGAUUGCUGAAAAGGAUGCGAAGAAGACGAUAGCGUCGGAUCAUGUUAUUGGUGCGCUUCGAGAGCUUGGGUUCCCAGAGUACAUUGAGCCUAUUGAGAAGGUGCUUGUUGAGCACAAAGAAGCGCAGAAGGGCCGUGAGAGAAAGAGUAACAAGUUCCAGAACUCUGGGUUCACAGAAGAGGAGCUUUUAAGGCAGCAGGAGGAGCUCUUUAGACAGUCGAGAUCGAGGUUACAGAAUCAAAAAGGUGAUGGUGUUAAAGGCGAAGAGUGA